GCGAGCGCGGGCGCGGGCGCGAGCGGCGGCGGGGCGGUUGGAGUCCCAGGCGGAAGGUCUGAGGAGGCACUGGGUACGGGCUCGUCGCUCCUCUUCCGUCCUUUCGCUGGCUUUACUCUCCUCUCGACUCGGUCGGCUUCCACCCGUGUUAGUUCCCAGCAUGUUUACCGUUGUAGUCUGGCGCUGCCGAUGAAACGAAGUAAGGAAAAGUUUUGGGAGAGGAACGCAGGAAAGCUCUGUGGAUCACUAUUCCAAAGGUCAGGUGAAGACUGCUGCCAAUUCAGACGGCAUUGCAAUGUGGGCUUCCUGCUGCAACUGGUUUUGUUUGGAUAAUCAAACAAUGGAUGAACCAGAGUACAAUUCUAGAAGGCAGGCAUACACUAAUGCAGGCUAUAACUCUCAGUCGUCUUCACCUGGAUUGGAAAACACAUGUCGAGCUUGUGGUUCACAAUUUGAAAAUGCCUCACGGAAGCAUGUAUGUGUGGAUUGUAAGAAGAAUUUUUGUACGUCCUGUUCAAUCCACUCUGAAAAUAGCCCAAAAAUAUGCCAUAUUUGUCAGCGAUUUCGUACUACCGACUUCCACCGGGGAGAACUGAUGAAAUUGAAAGUAAAAGAAUUACGUGACUACUUACAGCUACAUGAAAUUUCAAUGGAGAUGUGCCGAGAAAAAUCAGAUCUUGUAGACUUGGUCAUGGGACAGAAUCCUCAGUCUGUACCAACUGGUCAGAUACAUAUUCCUCUUUAUAGAAUGGAUAUGCCUGAACAGCAGACCUUCAUUUCAAAUACGCACUCAGCAACAGUGGCUUCUACCUCACAUGAUGCUCCCCCACCAUAUGGAGCAGCCAACCCAAAUAACCCAAGACAUUCUCAGGAAGCAAACCUGGCGAAUGCAGAAGUGACUGCAGACAAUCAGAAUGAGACUUUGGCACAAGCUGAAGAGAAUGAGUCCGAUUCAGAGGAAGUAAUUGUACCAGGCCGACACAGAGCCUCUUUAUCAGACUUGACUUGUGCCGAAGAUGUUGAAGCUCUCUCAGUGCGCCAGUUAAAAGAAAUACUGGCACGAAACUUUGUAAAUUAUAAAGGAUGUUGUGAAAAAUGGGAGUUAAUGGAGAGAGUAACAAGAUUAUUCAAUGACCAAAAAGACCUUCAGAAUCAGGCUUUGGAAUUCAAAUCUCAAGAUGGUGGCACAGGGACAUCAGCUCUUGAAGAAAACCUCUGUAAAAUAUGCAUGGACUCUCCAAUUGACUGUGUGCUGCUUGAGUGUGGCCAUAUGGUGACGUGUACUAAGUGUGGAAAGCGCAUGAAUGAAUGCCCAAUUUGUCGACAGUUUGUCAUACGGGCUGUGCAUGUCUUCAGAUCUUGAGUAACCACAGCUACUAUUAAACCAUAUCAAAUUGAUUGGAGAAGUGCAUUUUCACAACCCAGAUCCCAUCCUGCUGACUUAAACCUAUCAGUCUACCUCUCCUAUAGUAAGACUGUUAAUACUUUGCUACUGUGGAAUUAAUUGCCAGAGGAAGCUGUGGCGGCCAAGUCUUUAUGUAUAUUUAAGGCAGAGGUUGAUAGAUUUUUGAUUGUUCAGAGCAUGGAGGAACACAGGAGCGAGGCAGGAGAUUGGGGCUGAGAGGAAAAAUGGAUCAGCCAUGAUGAAAUGGCGGAGCAGACUCGAUGGGCCAAAUAGCCUAAUUCUGCUCCUAUAUCUUAUGAUCGUACAUAGAAAUGCCUUUAUACCUUGGCUUUGUUUAACAACACCCUACUAAGUUGCUACAACUCACAUUAUUAAAAAUAGGGUAUAAAUUAAGGAAAUGUACUUAAAAAGAAAAGCUUAAAAUCCCAAGUAAUCACAUUAAGUCUUGUGCCACUCAAUGAAAUUAUGUAUCUGAGCUCUCUUCAGAUAUCAUGAAUCCCUAAAACUAGAGGGACAGUUAUUGUGGUCAUUCAUUGUUUUGCAUCCCAUUUGAUUCUGACAGAACAUGAGUGCAUGCCGCUGGAGGCAGGGUAAGAAGAAGCGAUUAUUAAAUGUGGGAAGGUCCUUUCUGAGGAAAUUGGUACUUUGAACCUGUGGAUUGAGCAUUCAAUGUCUAACAUAACAACUGAAGACAAUUUAGAAAUAGUGGAUUUGAUUUCACUAGCGGUUAGUGUGAGGAGGCAGGGUGGCUCCAUGUAAUGGAAACCGAUGAUUGAGAAAAUUACAAAGCAAAGAUGUAAAUGCAUUUAAAAUGAACAAGAAAGAUCAUUAAUACUUCACAUUAUCAUGUUUAUUUUUAUAAUGCAAAUAGAUGGUUAGAUUUGUUCUAACUGAAACUAAGCUCUAUAAUGCUACCGAUCUUAAAGAGUAAACCUAAGGCCACUUGUGUAACAAGAUAACAUACUUGUCUGUGUUACAAUUUGCACAAAACUAUACGCAUGGCAAAACCCAUACUCAGCAAUUACACACACUUGUAUGUUAUUAAUGGAUUGAUAAGAUGCACCAUCUUUUUUAUUAUACCUCAAACCUUAAAGUUAAACUUCGUGUACAGUUGCAGUUACAUAUCAUUUUAUACAGUCCUGUGCAAUCAGAAUCUUCCAAUUUUUAUGCACAAAGUAGACCAAGUAUGUUUAAAGAUCAGUAGAAACACACAAUUUUAAAAAUUAACAAAAUUUGUCCUUUAAAUUUAGUUUGAUCUUUAAAUUUGCACUUAUCUCCAGUGCAAUAUUGCAGCUAGAAGUUUACAAGUGUAUCAAUAAGGCUGAAGUUCAAAUACUGGAAAUAGUAAAAUCAGUAAAGAUUAACUAGAAAGAGCAAUGGUAUCUCAAAUGCAUGCCAGCUUGGUUCAGAUGCUGGUUUCCUUCAGUUUGCAAUCAUACCCUAUCAACUUCUGAAUUUAAAGUAAGCCAAUAUCUUUUCCCUUGUUUUAAUCUUUAAAUUUCAAUUCCUUUUUGCCUACACCCCAAAAAAAAUUUGCAUCACCAGAUAAAACGUUUGUGUUUAUUUUUUCCAAAAAUUUUGGCAACGGUAGUGCCUUGAAGUAGUUUUAUCUGGGUUUUUUUGCUGGUUAGGUUUGCAACAUGUAAAUAUUAUAGAUAAAUAAUGUAAUCAAUCCUUAAACCUCUUCAACUGUUAUUUGUACUGUACAUGGGGGUGUUCUGAUGUGUUGUAGUUUCUGUCCAUCUGCAUGGAUAUGUUUACUGUUUCCGCCUUUCUCAGGACAAAAUUUUCUUUGUUUAUUUCCUUCAAAUUCAUCCCAUUGAUUUAAAUCUGUUCAGUAAUUUAGCCUUUGUUUUAAUCAUAGAUGCCUGGCUAUCCAUUUAUUUGAGAUUGUGCUGCUUGUAUCUUGAAAACAAUAAGUGAGGAGGCAUGAUAGUUAUUAGGGUUUACAUUGAUCAAAAUCUUUGGAGGAUCAUAUCAUGCCUAGGCCGCUUCUGAAUGUUUCAAAAUUUGACACUCUAUACCAGCCAUUUUUUAUGAAGAUAAAUGUAUACUGUAUUAGUCUCCAGUAAGUACUCUACUAACUAGAGGCUUUCCACUUGGGUAAUGAAAUGUCUCCGUUACUCUAAAAUGGAGGGAAUUAAUUUUGUGCCACAAGGCCUGAUUUUAUUACAUUUGGGUUAAAUGGUUUAAUUUCAUGGGAAGAAGUGCAACAUGUAAUCAUCUUUUCCAUAAAUGCUUUUUGAACUUCUCUGUAGUCCUGCAAGGCAUUUUUUUAUCUUAAAGUUUCCUACUUUACAUUUUCCUUUCAUCCCUAACUCCUCACUAUAUCAACCCCUCACUUUCUCUUCCUGCCUUAACUAUUAAGUGAAUUGGAUUUGAUUGCAUGAAUUUUUGGUAGACCCAGUAUCUUGCCACUGUGAAGAUGGUUCUCCAGAUAUUUUAAGCACAAAGAAACCAGCCCACUCUUAUGGUGUUGAAAUUGACUUGAUGCUGCUGAGAGAUGUACUGAGGUUCUGAUGGGUGCUGUAUAAUAUUUGAAGUGACUAUUCAUAAGGGCUUCAUAAUAGGAAUGGAGCUGGAAUUUUCCUCAAGGCUUCUCCUCUUAUGCAACUGUAUCUAGAUAAUUUGGUAUGUUAACAGGAUAUUCAUUAACCUUUGAAUGAGAUUGGUCCCAGAUUAUUUAAAUAUCUAGUUUAUUUGUGCAGAAGUAAUUUAUGUGAAAACUAUUUUGAUAGAAUUAAGUCUUAAUUCUUGGUGGUAAUUGACUUUUGUCAAUCGCUGUACCUUUUACAACUAGGGUAAAUCACUGUAAUUGCAGAUUUACAUAAUUUUAUACUUGAUGUCAAAUUAUAUUUUUUACAUUUGGAUUAUCUCUGCUUCUUUUAGCUUUACAAAAACAAGAUUGCAAAGUAUUAUUGUUAAACAGUGCUGUCAAAAUAAUCACCUAUUAUUGACAAACUACUGAUGGUUAUCUUCAGUUUUGGCUUCUCCACAAAUAGGAAUUUUUAAAUUAUAACGGAAAGGCAACAGAAUAUUUUAGGAGGUAACUCGAUCCGUUUGCAGAUGCAUGGGUUUUCAGAACAUUUUUAUCCUCACUCUUCUAAGAAGUACAAGGUCUUUUAGAUGUGCUUUUCCUCUUCAUUUUUGCAAAUUGGCACAUCUGGAAAAAUUAUUAUGGUUCUGUCAAGCAUGUACUCUUCCAGCUCCAGCUUGUGUGGCAAUUUUUGUCUCUGAAAUGACAAAAGAUUCUGAUAGUUCUUUACUUUUAAAAGCAUAUCUUUGUGGGUGAAGUAGAUGGAAUGUUUUGGGGUGGUAGGGAUGUUGAUUUUAAUUUCUCCCAAAAUCCACUGAAUUUUUAAUAUUACCUGAAGUGCCUUGGACAUUGAUUUCAUUUGCACACUAAGGAAUGGAAGCUGAAGAAUUGUGCUAUUUUUAUAUGGAAUGGAAAAUAGCACCUUGAUUCUGUAGGUCCGAAUAUAUCCCUUUAAAAGGGAAAGAAUAUUGCAAUGAAUAAUUCUGCAGUCCCUAUCCAUUUUAUAGAAGAACAUAAUAUGAGCUAAUUUCUUUUUUUGAUCUGAUCACGUCAGUGAUUUCACCAAUUUGAUGGCUUUCGCCAAAACAUGGACUUCAUGUCAUGCUAAGUGUCACUCUACAACACUGUGGAGCAGGCUUCGCAGUCCACAAAGCUGUGCUGUUUCCUGAAGUCACAACAUUCAAUACAAAGAUGUUGCCAUUCUGACUUGGCAGUCUAUGGAAAUAUUUGCUUUUUGCUGACACAAAAAUUGACAUUACCUGCAAUGGUUUUGUUUUGUGUGGCAUUAUUUAUUGCAUUGCUGCUUGCAUUUUUACUCGUGUAAAAUCAGACAGAACAGAAAUUGAAAGAAUACUGUCCAUAUCCUUUCCUGUUUGUAUUUCAUGCUGGUAUUUUCUUUCAAUUCAGUUUCUUCCAGAAUUAAUAGAUUGGAUUGUAACUGCUCUUAAUUAAACCCAUCAUGGAAACUUCAUAGACUUGUUACAUUGAUCACUUUCUUUUAAAAAAAUUUCAGGAUCUGUUGUAAUUUGUCUUUCAAAGGAUAACAUUGUGUUUUUAAAAAUAACCAUGUAACAGCAUAAAACUUAAGUCAUUAAAUAGAAGGUGAGAAAAAAACUCAACAUUAUUCUCGCUAUAUUAAAAUGCAAUAUUUUAACUGGGCUUUUGUUAAUUUUCCCCUACUUCAUUUGUAAUAACUCAGUUGUUUUAUUGCAAAAGCUUAAUUGGUGAUGUGAUUUUUAAAAAAAAUCGGUUAGAAAAUGUAGCUUUAUUUAAUAACCCAGUGAUCAAGGUAAUAUUUACAGGGGAAAUCCAUAUCUCAGUGAAUGUAUAACUUAAAUGUUUAAAGCAAAUAUUUUUGUUUUUAUGAACAUAAUUUUUAAACAAGUGUGAAUGUAAUGGCAUUGGAUACAUUGUUUAUUUCAUUAAAUUGAGUCAGAAGUAGAAUUAAAAUAAUCUCUAUCCUUAAGAUAAAUCUUCAUCAAACUGUUCAUUAUUCUGAAAGAAAAACAUUUGUUUCACUGAUUCGGGAGAGAAAUGAAAGCAAGUUCUGCUGAUUAAAUUCUUAUGAUUGAAUGGGUUUUUGUUAUCCACCACUUUAUCUGCACCAGAAAAUAUUGUCAUUUUGAUUGUUGAAAUUCCUUAAUUUUAAAGCCUGUUAAAAGUUGUAUGAGAUUCAACAUUUUUGAACAAUAAAGAGAUAUAAAUUUGGAAUUUUGAUGUAAUGAGUUUUCUGUAAGUAAUACUCGUACCAUGUAAUAAAUGUGAGAGUCUAUGUUUUAUCUCUAGUUUUGCAUUGUAAUAGGAAUGUUAUUACCCAGAAGAGAUUUCCCAAAUGAGUAUGAUGAGAGUUUAAAAAUGAACUUUUCACAUGGGUUGAAUACUUGCAAGUUGGUAUAGGCAUUUCUUUUAAAUCAAUUACAUUUGUGAUGGUUAGCAAAAGAACUUAAAUGUAGCCCUUGUUCUUCCAAGCAGUGUUGCAUUUUUAUACCUGCACCUCCCAAAACUACUUUUGUGUUUUGGAGAGUACUUUGAGUCAGAAAGAUGAAGAUAAUUCCAUUGUGCCAAGUGUUAUGUUUUGUAACACCAGCAAAAAAUCAAAAGAAAAAUAGCAGAACCAAGAAAUGCAUGUCUACUUCGCUUUUACUUUAGGGAGGGGCACGCUUAUGAUGUGGUGUAAUGACAUAUGCUGUUCACCAACUUCUUGCAUAUAAUCUGUAUUGAACUAUG